AUGAUUCUAAAAACAAAAAAAGUUUCUCGUGAAGAUGCUAUUAUUCUUGAAAACCCACAUUUCGGAAGAGGACUUAAAACUAUUGACAACCUUCCAGAAGGACAAAGUGCCCAUUUGAAAGCAACUCUUACUCCAGUUAACGACCAAACAAUGAAAGUCGAAUGGUAUUGCAAUGGAAGACCCAUCCAGACUAGUAAUAGAUUCAAAACAACCUACGACUUUGGUUAUGUUCCUUUGGACAUUUUAUAUGCUUAAACAGAAGAUUCUGGAGCAUACCUACAUGUGUAAGGCUAGAAA